AGCGCGGCGCCAGGAGCCGGCAGUACCGCGGCGGGGAGCGGGCAGGCGGGAGCUGCGCUGCAUCUGGGAUCUCAUCGCCUCUUCUUUCUCCCGUGUGAAGGUGGGUUAGAGACCCUGCGCUCUGCCAUGGGGGUGUCCAGCGGACUCGUGCUCCUUCUCGUGCUGGGCAUCUGUGAGGCCAACCGGAUUGCGGAGUCCGGGGGAGAUGAUAAUAGCGUGUUUGACCUCUUUGAGCUCAUUGGCAUCACUCGUAAGGCACCUGGGCGCCGGGCACUAGGGGUGUAUCUGGUGAAGGGAGCUGAGAUCUCAAGCCCUGCCUACCGCAUUGAGGAUGCCAGCCGCAUUCCUGCUGUCUCUGAUGACAAGUUCCAAGACCUGCUGGAUGCCAUCUAUGCUGAGAAGGGCUUUAUUCUGCUGGCCAAUCUCCGGCAGCCCAAAAAGAGCCGUGGCGCACUGCUGGCUGUGGAGCGCAAGGAUGGCUCUGGCCAUGUCUUCAACCUGGUAUCCAAUGGCAAGGCAGACACCCUGGACCUGAGCCUAUCGGGCGAUGGCAAGCAGCAGGUCGUGUCAGUGGAGGAUGUCAUGCUGGCUGAUGGGCACUGGAAGAAUAUCACCCUGUUUGUGCAGGAGGACCGUGCCCAGCUCUAUGUAGGGUGUGAGAAGAUGGAGAAUGCUGAGCUGGAUAUUCCCAUUCAGAAUAUUUUCACCAGGGACCUGGCCACCAGUGCCAGGCUCCGCGUUGCCAAGGGGGGAGUCAAUGACAACUUCCAGGGAGCACUGCAGAAUGUGCGUUUUGUCUUUGGAACAACCCUGGAAGCCAUCCUGAGGAAUAAAGGUUGUUCAAGUUCCACUAGUGCUAUCAUUACAUUGGACAAUCCAAUCAACGGCUCCAGUCCAGCUAUACGUACCAACUAUAUUGGCCACAAAACAAAGGACAUCCAGGCCAUCUGUGGCUUUUCCUGUGAUGAACUCACAAAUAUGUUUGUGGAAUUGCAAGGAUUACGGUCCAUGGUUACAACUCUUCAAGACAGAGUGCGCAAAGUGACUGAAGAAAAUGAAUUCAUUGCCAAAGUAGCCCAGAUCACUCCUGGGGUGUGCAUUCACAAUGGAAUUCUGCACAAAAAUAAAGAAGAGUGGACUAUUGACAGCUGCACUGAAUGUACUUGCCAGAACUCUGCCACCAUAUGCCGGAAAGUGUCAUGUCCUCUCAUGCCUUGUUCCAAUGCCACUGUUCCUGAUGGAGAGUGCUGUCCACGAUGCUGGCCUAGCGACUAUGCAGAUGACGGUUGGUCUCCUUGGUCUGAAUGGACUUCAUGCUCUGUGACCUGUGGAAAUGGGAUUCAGCAGAGGGGUCGGUCUUGUGAUAGUCUCAAUAACCGUUGUGAAGGUUCUUCUGUACAGACUCGGACCUGCCACCUCCAGGAGUGUGAUAAGAGAUUUAAACAGGAUGGUGGUUGGAGCCACUGGUCACCCUGGUCAUCUUGUUCUGUUACUUGUGGCACGGGCAUGAUCACUAGAAUCCGUCUCUGCAACUCUCCAGUUCCACAGUUGAAUGGCAAACCUUGUGCAGGUGAAGCAAGAGAAACCAAAUCCUGCCAGAAAGAUCCUUGUCCAAUAAAUGGAAACUGGGGACCCUGGUCUCCAUGGGAUGCCUGUACAGUCACAUGUGGAGGAGGCCUUCAAAAACGCAGUCGUCUUUGCAAUAACCCUGAGCCCCAGUAUGGCGGGAAGGAUUGUGUAGGUGAACCCACAGGGACUCGGGUAUGCAACAAACAGGACUGUCCAGUUGAUGGGUGUUUGUCUAAUCCCUGCUUUGUGGGAACUACAUGUACCAGUUCUCCUGAUGGCUCCUGGAAGUGUGGUGCCUGCCCCACUGGUUACCAUGGAGAUGGUGUUCAUUGUAAAGAUAUCGAUGAGUGUCAAGAGGUUCCUGAUGUCUGCUUUGUCUUCAAUGGAGUGCACAGGUGUGAGAACACUGAACCUGGAUACAACUGCCUGCCUUGCCCACCACGUUUUACUGGAACACAGCCUUUUGGCCGCAGUAUCGAGGAUGCUACAGCUAACAAGCAGGUCUGUAAACCACGUAAUCCAUGCACAGACGGAACUCACACCUGCAACAAGAAUGCUAAGUGCAAUUAUCUUGGCCACUUCAGUGAUCCAAUGUACCGCUGUGAAUGUAAACCUGGCUAUGCUGGCAAUGGCAUUAUCUGUGGGGAAGAUACCGACUUGGAUGGCUGGCCAAAUGAGAACCUUGUCUGUGUUGCCAAUGCCACGUACCACUGCAAAAAAGAUAAUUGUCCCAACCUUCCCAACUCUGGCCAAGAAGACUACGAUAAAGAUGGAAUUGGUGAUGCCUGCGACAGUGAUGAUGAUGAUGAUAACAUCCCAGAUGAUAGGGACAAUUGCCCAUUUAUUUACAACCCACAGCAAUAUGACUAUGAUAGGGAUGAUGUUGGUGACCGUUGUGACAAUUGCCCCUACAACCACAACCCUGAUCAGACAGACACUGAUAACAAUGGUGAAGGUGAUGCAUGCGCUGUGGAUAUCGAUGGAGAUGGCAUUCUAAAUGAAGGGGACAACUGUCAAUAUGUCUACAAUGUAGACCAGAGAGAUACAGAUUUGGAUGGUGUUGGAGAUCAGUGUGACAAUUGUCCUAUGGAACACAAUCCAGACCAGGCAGACACAGACUCUGACCGCAUAGGAGAUAAAUGCGACAGCAACCAGGACAUAGAUGAAGAUGGCCAUCAAAAUAACCUUGAUAACUGCCCCUAUGUACCUAAUGCCAAUCAAGCUGACCAUGACAAGGAUGGCAAAGGUGAUGCCUGUGACCAUGAUGAUGAUAAUGAUGGUAUCCCUGAUGACAAAGAUAACUGCAGAUUGGUUGCCAACCCAGACCAGGUGGACUCUGAUGGUGAUGGUCGUGGCGAUGCUUGCAAAGAUGACUUUGACCAAGAUAAUGUGCCAGAUAUUGAUGACAUUUGUCCAGAAAAUGUUGAUAUCAGUGAAACCGAUUUCCGACGAUUUCAGAUGGUUCCCCUUGAUCCCAAGGGAACAUCCCAAAAUGAUCCCAACUGGGUUGUUCGUCACCAGGGUAAAGAACUGGUUCAGACAGUCAACUGUGAUCCUGGUCUUGCAGUGGGUUUUGAUGAAUUCAAUGCUGUAGACUUCAGUGGCACAUUCUUCAUCAACACAGAGAGGGAUGAUGACUAUGCUGGCUUUGUAUUUGGUUAUCAGUCUAGCAGCCGUUUCUACGUAGUGAUGUGGAAGCAAAUCACCCAGUCCUACUGGGACUCGACACCAACCAAAGCUCAGGGAUACUCUGGUCUUUCUAUCAAAGUAGUGAAUUCCACCACAGGUCCAGGAGAGCACCUGCGUAAUGCUCUGUGGCACACAGGAAACACUACUGGACAAGUGCAAACCUUGUGGCAUGACCCUCGUCACAUAGGCUGGAAAGAUUUUACUGCCUACAGAUGGCGUCUCAGCCAUAGACCAAAGACUGGCUACAUUAGAGUUGUAAUGUAUGAAGGGAAGAAAAUCAUGGCUGAUUCAGGACCAAUCUAUGACAAAACUUAUGCUGGUGGUCGGUUAGGAUUAUUUGUCUUUUCACAAGAAAUGGUGUUCUUCUCGGAUCUCAAAUAUGAAUGCAGAGAUCCGUAAUAGCAAGGCUGUUGCCUUAAAGACUAUUU